UGUUUGAGGCGGCGCACCUGAAAUCAUAUUAGUGUUCCAUGAGAUAACAGUUCGUUCAUGCAUUUCCUCGAACAGUUGGUUCAUUAUUUGCGUGUUGUGCCACAGCAGUCUUGAUUCUCCCGCUAUCCAUCGCUAAUGCGCACUGCAUCUAAACGGACCACAAUGAAAUUUCUAGAUUAACGGAAAAUAAAAAGAGAAAGAUAUUAAAAAAAUUAAAAAAACAAAACGCACCGUUUCUGGAAGAAUUCUCUCUUUCUAUGACCGCCACGUGUUCAGUUGGCUUGUUCAAAGUCCUCCAUGAAAAUCAGAAGUCGCUUUCAUGUAAAAGCCAUGCACGACGACACGUACCCCCCCCAACUCCUCUCUCUCACACACGCGUGCCUACUAUAUUUUCUCUGACUAAUGCUUCUCCUCCUCCUCUUCCUCAUCCAAAUCACCACCGUCUCUGUUCACCACCGAUCAACUCUUACAACUCAAUAGCAUUCAUCUGUUCGUCUACAUAGAUAUAUAACAGUUUCAAUCAAGGAUGGUAAAGCUUGCGUCAGCGCGUGAGAGCCGAUUGUACGGGCCAAGUCUGGCUCGGAACAGAUCAGAGUACAUAAACGCAGGGCUCUAUGUGUUCGCUACGAUUUUGCUUCUAUGUGGCUUCGCUGCUCUCCUUUCAACCGAGCCAAAAUCGGGGCUUGUUCUCAUACUCAUUGGCUUGUUCCUCAUAUUCGUGGUGAAUGUUCAUGAUCUUUUAGCUCAUCUUGCCAGUAUCGAUUAUCGAUUAGCAUUGUUGGAGUUUGAUGCGCAGCUCGCAGUUGUCGAAUUUGCGGUGCCUAUGCUUCAGGCGUUGGGCUCACUUCUUUCUUUCUUGGGGGUUCUUUUUCUUCUAAUUGAGGCAGAAAAAGGAUAUCGUAACAUACAGUUGGAGAAUCAUGCCUUGAACAUGCUUAUAGCUGGUCCUGUUCUAUGGUUGAUCGGAUCAAUCCUCAACUCAUGCCAGAUAUACGAACGAGCGGAUGGGCACGUUCAAAUCUUACAAGAGAGUGUUCACAUCCCAUUCUUGAUGGCGAGCUUGUUGCUCCUGGUGGGAGCGAUUAUGAAUAGAUAUGAGCAGGCAGGAUUUGUUCACUAUGGCGUGGGUUUAUUGGCUGUGACUUGGAUCUGGUUGGGUAUGUUUGCAAGUGUCUUGUUGUUCAUUGGGGGAUUAACAAAUGUCAUUAAAGUGUUCAAGAUGCAACAAAUCGACGGCCUACGACUGGAGAAACUACGAGGAGGUGCACAAGAGAGAUUGAUUAUCAUAAGGGAAGGUCAUGUACCUUUCAUUCGGGAGGAGGAGAGGAGGAUAGUGUGGCAGGCAGAAGAAGGAAGAUCAGCGCCAACUCCAUAUAGGGAUGUCCUUGUUGGUCAAAGUUGAGCUGUUCAAGGCCUUGUGCUUCAUACAUAAUAGUCCAUUUUCUUCUUGUACUUGUAGCUAAUUCUUAUGUGUCGUCGUAGCGAUUCUCAUCUCUAUUUGUUUGUUUUUGUUUUUCCCUCUUGUGAUGAAAUAAGAUCGUUUAGAAUGAUAUUAGUUUCAUCUAUGUAUUACAGAAGGAUCUAUUUAUGUAUGAUGUACAU